CAGUGCGUUCCAUGACUGUGAUAUUGUAAAAACCGGUUUGAUUCAAUGGAAAGUUAGCGAAUGAUCGUGCGAGAAGGGGUCGGGGCGGAGCGCGGCGCCGCGAGGCACAUCGCAGGCAGCUCGAGAUGCCGAGGUCAGUAUACUGCGCGAGUGCAGGUAGCCAGUUCUCCUGCUAACAGUGUCAAACGACUCGUAAUGGAGGAUUUUAUAGACGAAGUACGGGCGCAUGCUUGCUUAUGGAACCCAAUGAACCAAGAUUAUCGGGAUAUGCAUGUCAGGGAGGCAGCCUGGCAGCUUAUAGUGGAACGAUGCAAUAAUCCUCAUAUUCCUGACGUAAGGACUGCAAAGACAGAAUGGAAAAAAUUGCGAGAUAACCACAGAGAAGCUUUAAAAAGGGCAAAGUUAGGUCAAAACAAAUUAUUGCCUGCGCAAAUAACUACGUGGAAAUAUGCCAAGGUCAUGCAGUUUCUGGAGCCGCACAUGAAGUAUCGAAUCACCGAGAACAUAGAUAUGGAGCCUCCUCAGACGCAAGACAGCACGGCGAAGACUGAGGAUGUAUCAACUUCGGAAAUAGCACACAGGGAAAAUCGUAAACGCCGAUGCGUGGAUUGUGAUUACGCUAAGAGGUCUCCGAGUCCAAAACCAAAGGCUGACGAUGCAUUAGAAGCUUUCUUCAACUCUAUUCUGAGAAGCACGCGGGACAUGCCGUCGUGGAUGCAGACGCGAGUCAAAAAGAAAAUAUUUGCUGUAAUCAUUGAGGAGGAAGAAUUCCUCUCAUCACAAAAUCACAGCAUUGAUAACAGCACUCAAAGUUUUAAGGAACAAAGUAAUACUCCAAUUAUAAAACACGUAAAAACGGAAGUAUUCUCAGAUGAUAGUUACGAUGCUGAAGCUAUGUAGCUAAAUAUCCAUUUUUACUUUUCUUAAUGCAUUUAUGUAAUUAAAUAAUUUUCAUCAAUAUCAAAAAGUCUACUGUUUCUUCCAUACCAAUGUUAUAU